UCUACUCAUAGCAGCAAGGCCUGAACCGAUCUCUGUUGUGAAGUAUGUGGCAAGCUCGUGUGCUGGUGACGAUGUGUGUCCUCGUGACGCCGUAUGCCGUGUCGGCGGUGGACAUUGAUGAUUCACUGAUGGGCAUUGAAGAUUCAGUCAUGGAAGUUGGUGAUUCCGUGGACAUUGGUAAGGUUUUGACAAGACGGUAUUCAAACCCUGGGAGCCUGAUGACGCGGGAGGGAACAUCUGGGUGUCAACUGCCUCACGACAUACAACUAAUCUACCGUAGAAUGCACAGGCUGAUGGAAUACAAUGGAAGGCGUUCUUGUCCAAGAAGCGUCAGUAACAACCCUCAUGACCCUGUCUCGGAACGUUCCGUCUGUCCCUGGUACUACGAAAUCACCACCUUGGAUGAGACGUACUAUCCACGACAGAUCUGGGAAGCUAGGUGUAUGUGUAAGGAUUGCGUCGGCAACAGCAAGAACCAGUGCGAACCUGUCCAGUCUACCAUCACACUACUAAAGACUCGCUGCGAAAAUGGCAUGUUGCUGUACGAACCCGUCGACAAAGACAUCACAGUUGGAUGUACGUGUGUACAGCCUCGCGAUUGGGGACCGGGAUUCAGGAUGUUCUAGUUUCUUGAUUCGCACUGAGGCACGUAGAGGAGGGGAUGCUCCACCUUCUGCGGCAGAGACGUUAGGCUGCAGGGCAAGGCAAUGUGAGGCUUGUAAGACAUCAUCAGGCGAGUUGCAGGUCAUGUCAGGUCAUUUCAGGUCAUUGGCAUAUAUCUAAAAGCAGUGUAAGGCAUAUCUACGCCACCUACUGUGUUGUAAUGAAUUGCAAGGCGCUGUGGCGUCCCCUACUGUGUUGUAAUGAAUUGCAAGGCGCUGUGGCGUCCCCUACCGUGUUGUAAUGAAUUGCAAGGCACUGUGGCGUCCCCUGCU